AUGCCAAAUCCGGUGUUCGGCUCAAUAACAAGAGGCAAAGAGAAGAAAACACAUCCUGUUUCAGAACGCGUGAUUUGGAGGGAAACAGAUUCAUCGUCGUCAUCGGAGGAAGGGGAGAACAGAAGACUGAAGGAGCAGGAGUCGGCGGCGGAGGCGAAGAGGGAGGAUACUUGGAGAGAACAAGGGCAUCGGCGGAGGGUUCGACUUCAGGAGUACAAGAAACACAACACAAAGUUGGUGAUACUGAACGGCGGUGAGGAAUUGCCGGAGCAUAAUCUCCUUCACCGCAGCGGCUUUGGCUACCAUAUUGAGUGUAUACUGAAAAAUGGGGACAAUGAGUAUGUUCUUAUGAUUGCAAAAACAUCAAAGGAUUUAAAUCUUCCGGGGAAAUUUAUGUUAAACCAAUGGAGUGAAAAAUCUGAAUUUUAUGGAAUUAAAUGCCUUGUUGAUGUUGCUAGUAUUGAUGAGUCCUGUCUUGAUUUUGGUUUACUGUUUGAUAAUGAUGCUGGUUUGUUAGCGAUACUGAAUGCUCGUACUCUGGGUUGUGCAAAAGAUAUUUGUGUUCCUGCUGAUAAGGAAAAGAAGGGGAUCACAGCCCUGGCUUUUACUUUCAAACAUGGGCUUAUCGUAGCUGCUGACCAUCCACGAGGCAGUGUUGAUAACCUUAUUAAACUUAGUGAUUGCUUGGUUGUCAUUGUUUCUGGAGAAAUUGCAAGGGGAGGAGGAGGAAUAUCUGUCGAUGAGGCAACCACGAGGGUGGUCAGCACCCUGUCUUCUUCUAAUGUCACUAAGGACUCUGAAGGUUUGCCAAUUGGAGUACUGAUUGCUGGGUGGGACAAAGGGGUUCCUGUUCUGUAUCAUGUGAAUGGGAAGGGGGAAGUGCUUCAAGGGAAUGGUUUUGCCGUUGGGUCUAGUCAUGAUCUUGCUUUUGGCUUUAUGCAGUUAUGGUGUGCCCCAUUUCCUUGUGCUUGUUUCGAAUUUGAUAUGAUCAGCUAG